CCUAUGAUGCUAAAAUUACAGCUGCCCGGUCUGAUAAACUAUUGACUAAGAGAUUCUUUUUCAAUCCACUCGAUCCACUUCUGGAAUGGAUAUUUCCAACUCCGGAUGAGGAACCUCCGGAAGGGGAAGUUGAGAUUCCAAGUAAUCCUCCUCCUCUUUGUCGGGAUGAUGUGUUUAACGGACCUCUUCCUAUACUUGACGGUU